GCGGUCGUCAUUCAGUUUGCGAACGCCGUUGAGUUCGGACGCGUUUUCAAGCAAGCCACCGGCAACUAUUAGCAACCACGGUUCAUCACUCUACAUCUCUCUACACGUAGGUGUGUGUGUGUACGCACGGGAUUGUGUUCGUGGAAGAAACGCGAAACAGCUGUACCAGAAGGGGCGCGCUGGUAGAAAACAACUUCUCUUCGAUCGUUCGACGUUUGCUGAGGCGCAGUUGUGCUACCGGAGGUUUGUGCGUGUGCGUGUGUAGCUGUGUGCACUCUCCCUCUUUUCUUCGCACAACACCACACCGGGUCGAUCGGUUUCACCUUCCCGAGCGGAGCAGUGUGCGAUUUCCACGAAAGUCGUAAAGUUCGCGCGCGCGAUCGGCGUUAUUGAAACACACGGUUUUUUUUUUGCAAAAGCGGUGCCAAAAGGAUGCCAGUUCUACGAAGCAAUUAAAAAAGCUACCGUGCACACGACGUGUGGGGUGCAUUCAAGUUCCAAGAAAAGAAGUUUUUUUAAUCAACUCGUGUGCGCGUGUUUAAGUGCGUUGGCUGACGGGCAAGAAGGCAAGAUACCCGCAAGUGUGCGUGUGUGUGGUGUUGGGUGCGCAAAGAAGCAAGAGGCGCGAAGAAGAGUGGCGCGCGCGAUAUCGCCCAGAGCACAAGAUCGCUGGUGGAGUGCCUGUGUGAAUGAGGGCGUGUGAGUGUGCGGUGCCAUAGGCUUUGAAGAAGAAGAAGUAAAAGAAGAAGAGGUGUGUUGUGGCAUGCGAGUGUGUGUCCCGGUGAAGGAAUAAAUUGCAUCCGGAGGUGAAACGGAUGUGUCUGUGUGUGUGAGAAUAAAAAAAAGUCAGCAGCCGCGCGUCUAGCAAACAUCAAAGGAGGAAGAAAAUAAGCCGUGAGGAAAGCAGAAGAAAAUAAAAAUAACAAAAGAGAGCAUUGUUCUCGUCCGACGUUACGCGCGGGGUACCGAGUAGUGUGCGUUGGUAUGCUUGUGCCACAGGCUGUGUGUGAUUGUGUGCCCCAAGAGCAAAAGUGCAGAAGCAAAAACGACGUGCAGCAAUUAGAAAUUGUUCGACGGUUUGGUUCGGCUGAUGAUGGAAUUGCUUUCCAAGCGCGCCGUUGAGAAAGGCGGAAGGAAAUAAAGGAAAAGCAGAGCAGUGAAUGAAGAAAAUAGAGUGAAGUGAAGAUUUUGCGAGAGUGUGCAUUGGGAAGAAUUCCUCCCAACCCGAUCUUUGGAUAACACAGUACCCUCUGGAUUAAACGCAGUACCCACGUCACCAGCAGUCAGCAGUCAGCAGCAUGCCAACCAUCAACGGAGUGCGGUACCAAUUUCGAAAGGAUUAAAACGGAAAUCCGUUCUCGGUCCCCUCCCCAUCUCGCUGGGGGAAAUAGGAAAGUUAAGUGGAAACACCACCCAACCAUGGUCCUCCUACCGAACGGUGACGAGGAAGUCGUCGGCGGUGGACAACUGCUGUCGUCCGCCAGCACGGAGCUGGCUAGCGAAGGAACACCGGCGAAGGUGUGCAUCGCCCCGUCAUCAUCAUCAUCGUCGUCGGCGCCAUCGUCAACGAGCGACACGGAGCCAACGUCCAACAGUAAGACGACGACGGUGGUUCCAACAACGUCCUCGAACAAUAACAACAACAACACACCAUCGAUGACGGCGCUGACGAUCGAGGAUGAGGGCAAGGCGCCGGUGGAGGGCACGGCCGCCGGCCCACUCUCACCCUACCGGCCGAGCCGGGUCACGCUCGGUUCGGUCAACGCCUGCAUCACGUGCAACCUCUGCAAGGGCUACCUGAUCGAUGCAACGACGAUCGUCGAGUGUUUGCAUUCCUUUUGCCACAGCUGCAUCAUCAAGCACUUGCACACGGAACAGUACUGCCCCCAGUGCGAGGUGAUGAUCAACAAAGCGAAGCCCAAUAUCAAACCGGACGUUCCCCUGCAGUCGAUCGUGUUCAAAUUGGUUCCGGAGCUGUACGAGAACGAGCUGCGCCGCCGGCGGGACUUCUACCGGGACCACCCGGCAUCGGCCGCCCUCGCGACCCCGGCCCAGCGUGGCGAAGACACCGAGCAUCUUAUCUUCAGCCCGAACGAGAUGAUAUCGCUUUCGCUCGAGUACGCGGAAAGUGAGCUGGCGGAAGACAACAAGGAGCUGCUGCGGGCCCGGUACCUGCUCUGCCCGGCCGGCUUCUCGAUCGCGAUGAUGAAGAAGUUCCUCGUCAACAAGUACGGCAUCUCGGAGCGCCAGUUCUGCGUGGAGAUUAUGUACAAGGUGAAGACGAUCGUCCUGCCCGACUACUACACGCUGAUGGACGUGGCGUACAUCUACACCUGGAAGCGGGAUGCUCCAAUGAAAUACUUCUAUCGUAUUCGUACGACGGAAACGAACCCGCUCGAGCUGCCGGAGAUUCCACUGCGUCGUUCGCCGAGUCUCAUCACAACUGUCAGCAGCAUCAAGCCGGGUCAACAACAGCAGCCUCAGCAGCCGGCCGCCGAUUCCCGGCGAUCCCGGGACGACAGCGAAGAGGACGACAAAGAGAACAUGCAUCUGGCACCUCUCCGUCCGCUGGACGGUUCUUCGGCGGCGGACGGUCAGCAGACGGAAGCGUCCGGUGGAAAUGGUGGAGCGCUAGCGGUCCGACCGACAACGAUAGCCACGCCCGGCACGCCGGACGUGAACGGCAACCGCAAGAUGACGGUUUCGGCAAACGGCGGUGAGUCGCAGCAGACACCGACGACGCCGACGCCGCGCAAAAAUGAAUCGAUCAAGCUGAAGAUCGAGCUGAACAAGAACAAGUAUGUCAGCUUCCUGCAGAGUCCCCAGGCGGACGUGCCGCUGUCGCAGUCAUCGCCGGCGGUGUCCGGAUCGGCGAGCGGAAGAGCCUCGAGCCCAGCGUCCGGUGGACGCGUGCACAAAUCCGACCGCCCGGACAAGGUGAAGCGGAAGAAGCUGGAUACACCCCGUACGCAAAAGAUCCAGGAGAAAAUGGACGAGCUGAAGCUGAGGAUCGAGAAGAUAAAGGACCAUGGGUUGACGAGCGUCACGAAGAAGAAGAAGCUGGCUCCGUAUAAGGUCGAGCUGAGUCCCGGCAUCGCGCAGUCCGAGUCGAAGAAGCUACACUCGUCGAAAUCGAGUGGGACGUCGUCGUCCGGUAAGGCGAAGGUUAAGUCUCCGAAGAGCCACAGCAGCUCCUCCAGCCCGACGGAAGGUCCCAAGCAUCCUAUCGUGCUAAAGAUCGACCAGCGAAGCCCCGACAUGGCUACCUCGACGCUCAAGUUCGAGAUGACCCCAAAGGAGAGCAAACAAUCGAAGACUCCUUCUCCGCCGCCAUUUCCGCCAUCGCCACCUUCGCCUCCGGUGAAGCGCUUCGAGGACGAGAAGUCCCAGUUCCUGAACUCGUUCCAGCUGGCACCCAUCAAGGCGGCGACCUCGGCGUCUCCCGAAUCAAAGAACAAAGAGGCCGUCCUCCCUGCCGCCGGCUCGCCUUCUGCGUCGCCACCGAAAUCGCCCGGAAGCAGCGAUUCGGACAAAUUCAAGAAACCCAAAGCCCUGCCCACGCUCAAUGGAUCUCCCAGCACAAAGUCAUCGUCUCCACCGCGGGAACCUUCGGCGGCCAGCAACGGUACCGGUGCGUUGAAGCGCAAAGCGAAAGACUCCAGCUCGCUCCGUUCCGGUCCGAAGAAGCAGAAACUCUCCGACGACGAAAUUAAAGCGAUGGUCGAGAAGAAGGUGGCCGAAAACAUCAAGUCCCCGUCGGAGCACAUCGUGCCACCGAUUUUCCUCAAGCCCAAAGCACCGCCGCCGGCCACACCACAGCCAGUGUCCUCUCCACCGCUCCCCGCAAAGAAAGACACACCAAAGUCAAACUUCUUCUCCCCGCCGUCGGUGGACUCUUCGUUCGGCAAGUCCCCGAAGUCCCCGUCCGAGGGUGGCCGUGCCAAAUGUGAUUCCCCGAGACCGUUCCUCUUCAAAACACCUCCGCCUCCGCCACCACCGAUCGUUUCGAUCAGUAACAUUCCCGCCGUUAAGCCCUCACAGCAGGUGCUUCCGGCACCGUUGCCCCAGAAAGCGGAAGUGUCCGGUAAGUUGCCUUCCUCGAAGACGCCGGUGUCACCGGUUUCCUCGAAGGUUGCGAAUGGUGCUGGUGGUGGUCCGAAGGCUGCACAAGCGUUGGCACAAGCGCCGGCCCGAAGACCGACGGUUCCGACGAAACUUCCGACCUCCCAUGGGCACAACAGUAGUUCCAUGGGCAACGCGACGACACACAAUGUAGCGAGUGGCGCCACGGGUGGUAAGUUCCAGAAGCCACUCGAGUUGAAGCGAGCCCAGAGCAACCCGUUGCUCAACAUAACGUCGCCGACGGCAAGCCCCGCGACCGAAAUCAGCAAGUUGCGCCCCGAAGAUCUCAAGAACAACGUUAAGGUGUACGGACCAUCAACUCCGCCUGUCGUCAGUACCAGUGCAGUGUCCUUCCCAACAUCAUCGGCAUCAACCCCCGCGAGUGCUCACUCGAUGCCAAAGUUAGAUGGUGGAAACUUUGCUGUUCCGAAGCCGAAACCUGCACCCAAACAGCAGCAGCAUCAACCUCCGGUGUCCUCCUCUGCUAUCUCAACAAGCGUAGCGACCUCCUCUUCGACGUCGUCAACCUCGGCGAAAACCCCGGUUUCAUCCGCUUCAGGCGGCGCCGGGGUAAAGGUACGCCCCGUGAACUAUCUUAACUACGCGAUGUUCAACAGCAAGGCGGCACCGGCCGGUUCGCGUACCCCGAUACCGUCAUACUCGAACUCGCCGAGCUACUCGCCCGAUUCGCCCGGGUACAAUCCUAACCUCAACAUUUCCACCAACAAGUUCAAGUACGCCAACCCGACCGCGUUCAGUAACUACAUGCAGAACAUGAUAAGUGAUCGCAAGCCGGGCUCGACGUCACCUCCGACGCCUCUGGCUGGUGCCGGUUCUUCUCCCACUUCCUCUCCAUCUCCGCCGCAUCAGCAGGAUGCGCUUCCUUCCGCCCCGAAGAAGAUGCCAUCGACUAGUUCCACCACCACUACUACCUCUUCUGCCGAUCGUAAGCGGCCGGCGUCUGCCAUCAGCCCCGAUACGACGACCAAGUCCAACCCGAUCGAGCAACCGCCCGAGAAGCAACCGAAAGUUCAAUCGCUGUUGAACAAAAUCAACAUUCCCUCGUCGUUGUCGAUUACGCUCGCCACGGAGGAGGACGAGGUGGCGCGGCAGACGGCCCGUAAGCUGAGCGAGAAUGACCCAACGAACAACUACAUCGAGAUCGUGAAGUUACCCGAGAUCCCGAUCGGUGAGGCGGUCACAUCGACCGACCGGAAGUCACCACCGGCUCCGACGGCACUUAAGACGCCGACCAGUUCGCUGUCCCCUCCUGGCGGCACUCCGGCGAUUCAGGUACUCCCGGUGACCACCGCACCGAGUUCCACGACCACCGCAACCGCUUCUCCUGCGUUCCCCCCGCCGGUUGAUACGUUCCAGAAGAAGUUCAUGGAAUCCAUCAAUGCUACCUCGAAGCCAGGCAAGGUUCCGAAGUCAUCCAGCCCUGCCCUAGGCACAGCAACAUUAGAAACGACUCCUCCGGCAACACCGACUUCGAAGGGUUCCAGUAGCAAGCCUUCGCCACCUCCACCACGCCCCAGCACCCCCAAAGUGCCAUCAUCAGCUGGUGCGCCAUCAAAAUACAAGAAUCCCAACGCGACUGUGCUCGAGAAUGGCAAGGUGAAGCUUCACAAUUACCUCGACGUGGACCAGCUGGUAAAGGGCUUCAACGCGUCCGCGGGUGCCAACUCUCAGCGACCACCAUCCGGAUCUUCGUCCUCCUCCUCGAAGUUGAUGCCACCGCCACCGAUGAAGAACAACAACAACAUUCCCAUUGCACCCAAGUCCAAUGGGUCUUCUCCGCCCGUUCCCGCGAACCUCCAGCGCAAGGCCAUCUCCCCCCCAGUGAUGCGCAGCCCUUCCUCAUCCUCUCCCUCACCGAUGAUGAUCAAUGGGCAACCAAAGUCGAAAACACCUCCCUCCAUCCUACCCUCGAUGGCCAGCAUGGGCCCGAUGUUCGACAUCCAGAUGAAGUCGAACGCGAACGCUUCGUCCAACCCCCCGCUACGUCGGCAUUCCACCACCACCAACCCCUCCUACCUGACGAACUCGCCGACGCUUCCGAGGCGUAAGAUCACACCGGCCAACAACUCCACCAUGCUGGUGCCGCUCCGAUCUUCACCCGGUUCUGCAUCGUCCUCCGUUGCAUCGUCCGCAUCGUCUUCAGCACAGUCGAAGCUGAUGCCGCCUUCCCACAUGAGUGACUUUAUCACCCUGCACCCGCAACCAUCCCCGAUGGAACAGCAGCAACACCAACAGCAGCAGCAUCAGCAGCAGCACUACAACCAGCAGCUACAGAACUUCCUGCAGAACCCGUACUUCUAUCCGUACUUCCUGCAGCAGCUUAGCCAGCAGCAACAGCUCUCGCAGAGUAUGGUCGCCUGUCCGGUCACGAUCGGGGGUGGUGGGCCACCAGGCGGGAUGGGAAUGGGCUCGGAUGCGCUCACCAUUACCGCCGCCCAGCGUGUCUCCUCCAAGCAGUCGUCCUCGCUACCCCUCAACAGCCUCACGGUGACGGCAAUCCGGGGUCCGAACGGUGCCGGAACGGGCUCCUCGGGACCUUCGAGUGGUAAGAACGGUGGUGGUGGUGGUAUUGGCAUUGGUCCGGCUGGAGCGGCGGCAUCACCCAAACCGCUGCCCCGCGCGGCUGGAAUGGGUGGCAUUCCCGGUAAAUCGCCGGGAGGAGGCGCUUCCUGAGUAAUGCUGAUCGAGCUGUAGAGCGUUUGUUGUUGAUGAGACCGCGCUGGAGCUGUUGCCUCACCUCCUGCUGCGUGUGUGCCCUUCAACAAACACAAACCUCUACAGCCAUAGCGAUCGUACAUUGCUCGGGAGUGUUGUGUCCAGCCUUCCGAAGGAUUUCCUUUUUACAAACUCACUGAAUCCCCUUUUCGUCUACAAAAUGUUAAGUUUAGUUCGUAAGAAAAGAAACAGAGAGCAAAGUGACAGAAAGAGAAGAAAAGAGCUAUGGCUUAUUCGCUAUACUCUUCCCAACAAAGGAAAGCAGUGCGAUGAGAAGUUGCUGCUAAACAGAAGCUGCAUUAAAUAUAAGCUUUUUUACUGUACAGUCAUCGUUGUUAGAUGUUUUCGAUGUUGUUUCCUUCGUUUAGCGCAAGAGUCCUCUGAGCGCACAAGCCAGUGUAUGUGCAGCCUUUCUCGCCUUUUCUCGGAGGCUAUCGGAACAUUUUAUUGAUUGAAGUUGAAGAAGGAAAGAAUUCAAAUCACUUCGUAAUACAAACAGAGUAUGGAAGGGAAGUGAUCCCUUAGUCGGUUGAUUUGUGGAAGGACAUUUGUAUCACGUGUUUUUGUAUAAAACCAAAAGAUCGGCUCUUCAGUUAAGGAUAAACUGACAAAUGUCUAUAAGCAAUACUGAGAAGGUCUAGCUGAAGUUGGAAGCCUUUUUUUAGUUUAUUUUUCAACCAUUUCCGGUUUACUGGUUGGCCGGAUGGAUGGAAAAGGAAAAGCAUUUAUACUACCGUUGAUGUGCCCUCAAUAAUAUCGUACCUAGCUGUUAAUCUGCGUGUGUUUGUGCGUGUGUGUUUUUCGACGGGAAAUCCCCAAUUGUAGGCUUAUGCAUUUCCUUCCUCCCACACACUGUACAAACCUUUGAACUGGCUUUUAAACUGUUACACAUGUGUACCGCUGUGUUGCUGCUUUCCUAUAAAUUUUAUCUCGUUUUGAGGCUUGAAUUUAGGGAGAUUUUCGGUGAAUCUAACCGAAACAGUGAAGAAGGGUAGUUUCCCGCUUGAAUUGAAAGUAUAAAAAGUUAUAAGAGUAACAUAAAGAAAGGAAAAUCGACAUCAGAAGAAAGACAAAUUGCAAAUACAAAUCAAAAAUUGAUGUAUAAUAGUAAUGAACGAAGCACUGAAUGAGGAAAAGAAAGAAGCAAACUUUUUAUUUUGUUUUUAUUCAAAAGAUAGCAUAUAAGAAUGUCACGCAUACGAGAAGAGGUGGCUUAACUAAUCCCACUGCACUGCAGUUUGAAACUAUUGAGAUGGGAUGAUUCAGUCUUUGCUACAGAAUGUAGUGUUAGUAUUGUAUGUAUAGUAUGUAUUUAUUUAAACAACUUGUGAAGCGAGCCAAACGACGAACUAUUUGAAGAUAAAAAAUACCCCUGAACUAGAAGGAAUGUUUUGAAUUAGUGUUGUUUUGUUUAGUCAUUGUUUUUCCCAUUCUCUACCCAUAAAUAACCCUAAUUCGAAAGGGAGGCAUAUAGCGAUAAGACCAUGCAGCAGCAAUUUUGUUCUACACUUUUCGAACGAACUCUUAUUUCCUUGCCACAUUUACUCCACAUGUGUCUAGAAGUUAAUCAAUCAUGCGGUAGUGAAUUUUUUAUGGGCAAAUGUGAGUGAGGCAAAUGUUUUCGAAGAAGCCGUUUUUUGAUACGAAUGAAAUUUACAGAUAAGAUGAAUACCGACACGACCGAUGGAUGAUGGUGUCAGGGGAGGUAUUAGGGCUGCCGGUAGCAAGGUAAACCCCAUUUUAGUGCGGGUUAAAACUGUAUAUAGGAAAGGACGAGGCGUGUGUGCUGCUAGUAUAACAGAAUAACGGCCACUGUGAAACCGUGGACGUUCAUUGAUCUAUUUAUGUAUACUACUACUGUUACGGUACUGCUAAAAGGAGUUGGUUGCAGAAGCGCAGAAGAAGAGACGGACUAUAUCAGUAAGCAUACAAUCAACCCCGCGCGUGCAUUAUGAGGUUAUGUCUCGCAGGGGAAUAAUUUAAGAACCUGUAAAUAAUACCCCAUAGCCAUUAGCCUACCACCUAUAAAGCUGUACGUUGUCCCCAUCCCAGCCCCCUCUUUCCUACCCCCCAAUGAACUGCGAAUUGUAUUAUGGCCAGUCACAGGAAU